AUGGCAGUAUUACAAGGGUGCUCUUUCUCGAAGGGGCCCCAGUGCCAGCACCAUUCACACGCACGGGCCAUAAAUGACCGGGCGGAGCAGCAAAUUAAGCACUGCAUUCUCAAAGAAAGGAGCACUGACUCUGGAGCACAGCCAAAAUGCCGGGAACGAAAGGUAACAAAUCGGACAAGAAGUCAGCUACCAAGCAACCUCAGAGUCCUAAAGAACAGCCGAAGAAAGCUGAUCAGAAAGGAGAUGAUGGCAAGAAGCAAGGAGGACAGCCGAAGGGAGAGAAGCAAUAACUUCCAGGCGUUCGUGAAGAUGGCUUUGGAGACACUGCUGGGGUCCUGCCGUCAUAAACACGGGGGUCCUCGGGGGAGACAGGGCUGAGCGUCCCCACGCUCCGCUUUUCCUCCAGAGCCCACGGACCGCGUGGCCCCCCUGAUAUAACAUCUGCUCACCUCUCACCGAGGCGGAGAGCAAACCUGAUCUGCAUCCAUCACCAUCUGUUGUCACCCUCUGUUUUUCUCUACCCUUUUCCAUCUAGCACAUAUUGCCCACUCUGGCCAUCUAGGGGCUGAGAAAAAGGAUCCAAGCUAGUUCUGGCUACGCCUAGCAACAGCUCAACCUUUUUCCAAUCCCUCUCAAAUCCACCCUCACCUUCUUUCCGACCAUUUUUUGUAAAUAAUGCUACAAAUAAAAUACUAUUUGACUAUUUGA